UAAAGAUGGGAAUUGGAUAAUUGUUCACUUUAAAUACCUGAAAAUCGUUAUCAGUAAACAUGAUUACUUAAAACUAACAAAUAUUGGAAUAUUGACCAAGUCCCUAAUUGUUCAGACUGAUUGUUUAUCUGUAAGUUUACAGACUUUACUUCUUCUCUUAGUGAUGUGUUUGGCCUUGUUAUGUUUUCUCAUUUAUAAAGAAAAGCUUUGCAGCAAAAACUCGGGUCAAACCCUCAUUUUCAGUUGUAGUGAGAAUCAGACUCUGUAAGUGAACAGAGGGUAUAUGCUGUUUUCAUAGGCUUCUGAAGCAGUAGGCUGCUGGAUUUUGAUCCUGCCCAGAACACUUGAGAUUUGCUCUGCAAGCACAUAUAAAACUGGUUUUAUCUGCACACCUAAGAAUAAAAGGUAAUGGAGACUGAACAACAGGAGGAAACCUUUACCAACACAGAGACAAAUGGCAAACGCCCUGCAGAAGAUAUGGAGGAAGAACAGGCCUUCAAAAGAUCUCGGAAUACAGAUGAGAUGGUCGAGUUGCGCAUCCUGCUUCAAAGCAAAAAUGCUGGAGCAGUGAUUGGAAAAGGUGGCAAAAAUAUUAAGGCACUUCGUACAGAUUACAAUGCAAGUGUUUCAGUCCCAGACAGCAGUGGCCCUGAGCGCAUCUUGAGUAUAAGUGCAGAUACAGAGACAAUUGGAGAAAUCUUGAAGAAGAUUAUCCCUACUUUAGAAGAGUAUCAACACUACAAAGGUAGUGACUUUGACUGUGAAUUAAGGCUUCUAAUUCACCAAAGUCUAGCAGGAGGAAUUAUUGGUGUCAAGGGUGCUAAAAUCAAAGAACUCAGAGAGAACACUCAGACCACCAUUAAGCUCUUCCAAGAGUGUUGUCCUCAUUCCACUGAUAGAGUGGUGCUUAUUGGUGGAAAACCUGAUAGAGUUGUGGAAUGUAUAAAGAUUAUCUUGGAUCUUAUCUCUGAGUCUCCAAUUAAAGGACGGGCCCAGCCUUAUGAUCCCAAUUUCUAUGAUGAAACAUAUGACUAUGGUGGCUUCACAAUGAUGUUUGAUGAUAGAAGGGGACGUCCAGUAGGCUUUCCAAUGCGUGGAAGAGGUGGUUUUGAUCGAAUGCCUCCUGGUCGUGGUGGACGACCCAUGCCUCCAUCAAGACGAGAUUAUGAUGAUAUGAGCCCUCGCAGAGGACCUCCACCGCCUCCACCAGGUCAUGGUGGCAGAGGUGGCAGCAGAGCUCGUAAUCUUCCUCUUCCUCCUCCACCACCUCCUCGUGGCGGAGAUCUUAUGUCUUAUGACCGAAGGGGUAGAGCUGGAGACCGUUAUGAUGGAAUGAUGAUGCAGUGUCAUGUGGAUGCCUGCGAUGACAUGCAGCCACCAGAGUUGUUUGAGGGUGGCUCUGGAUAUGACUAUUCUUACACAGGGGGCCGUGGUUCAUAUGGAGAUCUUGGUGGACCCAUUAUCACAACACAAGUAACGAUUCCCAAAGAUCUGGCAGGAUCUAUUAUUGGAAAGGGAGGCCAGCGAAUCAAACAAAUACGUCAUGAGUCAGGAGCUUCAAUCAAAAUUGAUGAACCACUAGAAGGCUCAGAAGAUCGAAUAAUAACAAUUACAGGAACACAGGACCAGAUACAAAAUGCUCAGUAUUUACUGCAGAACAGUGUGAAGCAGUAUUCUGGAAAGUUUUUCUAAGACUAGUGAAGAUCUGAAGGAGUCCUGCACUUUUUUUUUUUCCCCUAAAAAAAAAUUAUUUUUUUUUU